AUGGUUCAAAAUCAUGGAUUACAACUAAAAGAAGAAGGAAAGCCGACAGACAGAGGAAAAUAUCAGAGAUUAGUCGAGAAGUUGAUUUAUCUAGCUCAUACCAGACCAGACAUUGCCUAUGCUGUAGGAGUUGUGAGUCAGUUUAUCCAUGCUCCUCAAGAGGAACACUGGGAGGCUACUUUGAGGAUUGUUCGAUAUUUGAAAGGGACAUCCAAACAUGGUCUAUUGUUUGAGAAACACGGGCACUUAGAGAUACAUGGAUACACUGAUGCGGCGGGAAAUCCGAAUGACAGGAAAUCGACCGCAUGGUAUUUUACCUUUGUAGGAGGUAAUCUUGUGACUUGGAGAAGCAAGAAACAAAAGGUGGUGGCACUCUCUAGUGCAGAAGCAGAGUUCUGUGGGAUUAAGAGUGGAUUGACAGAGUUGUUAUGGCUAAGGAAGCUUAUGAGGGAAUUAGACCUUUGUGCAUCUCGAAAACAAGGCAGCUAUUAG